UCUCCCUUAUUUUUCUUCUCAACCGCCACUCACUCAACUAUCCGCCAGUGCCCUUCUGUUGCCGGCAGCCGACCUCUCCUCUGUUUCCUCAGUUCCUCCCUCAUUUUUCUAAGUGGUUUUUCAAGUUUGCUUUGCUUGCUCUUCUUAAUUUAUUUCCUCUUUGAAUAGAAUAAACAACAAAUUUCCUGAUUUUUUGUUUUUAAGCUGAGUUUGAAUUGUUUCAUCAAAGAUUGUUCUCUUAAAGAUGGUGUUGUAGACAUGAUCAACAAUUAGACUUUUUCACUUCACCUCCAAGGCUUCAACGAUUCAUAAACAGUUGCUUUGGUAAUACAAUGGAGGGAGUGCGAUACGCUUCCUUUACGAGCUUCGCAACAACCAAAUCGUCGUCUUUUUCGGCUCUGUCACCAUCGUCUAUCAUAAUACUCCGCCAAAAGCCUCACAAAAAGGCUUUAAAAUCAAUAUCUCAUAGAAAUCUUGUUAUCUCUGCUUCAUCUGCUUCAAACUCUGUUGUGACGUUGCUUGAUUAUGGAGCUGGAAAUGUUCGGAGCGUGAGGAAUGCUAUUCGCUAUCUUGGCUUUGAGAUAGAGGAUGUGCGAACUCCAAAAGACAUUUUGAAUGCAGAGCGCCUUAUCUUUCCUGGUGUUGGGGCAUUUGCUUCAGCCAUGGAUGUAUUAACUAAGACCGGGAUGGCUGAAGCACUAUGUACCUAUAUAAAAAAUGAUCGCCCAUUUCUAGGCAUUUGUCUUGGACUUCAACUACUCUUUGAGUCGAGUGAAGAGAAUGGACCAGUGAAUGGACUCGGCUUGAUACCUAGUGUGGUUGGGCGGUUCAACUCUUCUAAUGGUUUUAGAGUACCUCAUAUUGGCUGGAAUGCUUUGCAAGUUGCAAAAGACUCUGAAAUUUUGGAUGACAUUGGUGAUCACCAUGUCUACUUUGUUCACUCUUACCGUGCCAUGCCAUCAGAUGAUAACAAAGAAUGGGUUUCAUCUACAUGCAAUUAUGGUGAUGAUUUUAUAGCAUCUAUCAGAAGGGGAAAUGCGCAUGCAGUUCAGUUCCAUCCAGAGAAAAGUGGAGAUGUUGGUCUUUCUGUAUUGAGAAGGUUCCUAAAUCCAAAGUCACAGGGGACAAAGAAGCCUACUCAGGGGAAGGCUUCAAAACUUGCUAAGAGGGUGAUUGCUUGCCUUGAUGUUAGGACUAAUGACAAAGGGGAUCUUGUUGUAACCAAAGGAGACCAGUAUGAUGUAAGAGAGCACACAAAAGAGAAUGAGGUGAGAAACCUUGGCAAGCCAGUAGAGCUUGCUGGACAGUAUUACAAAGAUGGGGCUGAUGAGGUCAGUUUUUUGAACAUUACUGGCUUCCGUGACUUCCCAUUAGGCGAUUUACCAAUGUUGGAGGUAUUAAGACACACUUCAGAAAAUGUUUUUGUCCCACUAACUGUUGGAGGUGGUAUACGAGAUUUUACAGAUGCAAACGGCAGGCACUAUUCUAGUUUGGAAGUUGCUUCAGAGUAUUUUAGGUCUGGGGCUGAUAAAAUUUCCAUUGGAAGUGAUGCAGUUUAUGCGGGAGAAGAAUAUAUAAAAACCAAAGUAAAGACGGGAAAUAGCAGCUUAGAACAAAUUUCUAGAGUUUAUGGAAAUCAGGCUGUUGUUGUAAGCAUUGAUCCUCGUAGAGUGUACCUUAAAAGUCCUAAUGAUGUGCAAUUCAAGACUAUAAGUGUCACAAAACCAGGUCCAAGCGGAGAAGAAUAUGCUUGGUAUCAGUGUACGGUUAAUGGUGGACGAGAAGGUCGACCAAUUGGAGCUUAUGAGCUUGCAAAAGCAGUUGAAGAACUGGGAGCUGGAGAAAUACUAUUGAACUGCAUUGAUUGUGACGGUCAAGGAAAAGGGUUUGAUAUAGAUUUAAUAAAGCUGAUAUCAGAUGCUGUAAGCAUCCCUGUAAUUGCAAGUAGUGGUGCUGGUGCUGUUGAGCACUUCUCGGAGGUAUUCGUGAAAACAAAUGCAUCAGCAGCUCUUGCUGCUGGCAUUUUCCAUCGGAAGGAGGUGCCCAUUCAGUCAGUAAAAGGACACUUAUUGGAGGAAGGCAUUGAAGUAAGGAUAUAAUCAUAUCUGUUGCGUGUUGAUUAGGCGCUUGAAAUUUUGUUCCUAAAAUCAGGAGUAGGUAAAUAUAUGCAAACUUUAAAUCGUAUCUCUUUUGUAUGUUUAUUGCAUUUUUGCAGUUUUGGGAGUGACUCCAAAAUGAAUGUAGUCAUCAUGAGUUAGGCUUGAUUUGGAUUCAAACGUAUCCCCGGUGGGGUACGUUUUCCAUGAAAAUUUGUGCAGAUCGCACCGAGCAUCAGUUUGGAUGUUUAAGGUAUGGUGUGAAAAUCUGCCUUUUUUUCAUUGGUUGUUUUGGGUCCUGUGAUCCAACGUUGGAUUGUUUUAGUUUUCUUUUAACUUUUUACCAUUUUUAACAUAUAAAUUUUGAUCUAAUGUUUUUAAUAAUCAUUUCUCUUCUUAUCAUAAUUCAAUUCAUUAUCGCAACAUUGUCAUUAUAUUUAUAUCUAAAUACAUAUUUUCAUCGUUAAUAUUAAUCUUACCAUUACAAUAAUAAAUCUCAUUUUUGUCAUUGUCUCAAUUUUUUCGGAAUCAAUUUUAUCUUCAUUCAA